AUGGCGACUGGGAAAGUGGUGGUGGAGAAAAUCGGAGGAAGAUCGACGGCUACGAGUUGCUUCUCUAAGUAUCCUCUCAAGUUCAUGCUUCCUCGCAAGGUAGCUCCUGCUGGAACUGAUGUUGUCUGGAUUUACAGCAUCACCUAUGGUGGCGGCAUUGUCUCUGGAGAUUCGAUUUCAUGUGAAUUCACCAUCGGUGAUGGAUGCACUGCUGUUAUUACAACACAGUCUUCUACUAAGGUAUACAAGGCAAUAGGAUCAAAGUGUUCUGAACAAACAUUGGAAGCGAGAAUAGGAAGUGAAGCUCUUCUGGUUGUGAUACCAGAUCCAGUGACUUGCUUCUCCACUGCACGCUACUAUCAGAAACAGAUGUUUAGACUGGUUUCAGACUCUAAUCUAGUCCUUGUGGAUUGGAUCACUAGCGGGCGUCACGCAAAUGGUGAAAAAUGGGAUUUCGAUCUUUACAAGAGCAUCAACAAUCUCUACCUGGAAGAUGAUCACCCUUUAUUCCUUGACUCAGUGCUGCUAGAGAAGAGGAGCAUCCAAAGCAUAGCUGAACGGAUGCAAGACUAUCAGGCCAUAGCAAUGGUCAUUCUCUUCGGGCCAAAGCUGAGGGAAAUCCAGAAGCAUGUCCAAGAAAACGUGAAGAAUAUCAUGUCGGAACAAUUACAGAUCUCAUAUGGUUCACGGAGACACGGUUCUGGUUCAAGCUCUCGUAAUAGCUUCAUGAAACCAGAGUUCAUAGCUUCCUGCAGCACUUUCGGCCCAGAGGGAAAAGGAGUUGUGAUUCGUAUAGCUUCAGAUUCCACAGAGUCUGUCUACAAUUUCUUGAGGCAACAAUUGGCUGAGCUGGAACCACUUCUUGGUCAAUCUCCUUAUGCUUGA